ACUGUUUUAUCUUUGGUUUUUUACAAAGGAAACUAUUUUUCUUAUUCUAAAAUAAUUAUCAUUUUUUAAUUUCAAAUUUAUUUUAAAUUAAUUAUAUUUUUUUAUUUUUUACAAUAAAUAAAUAUAUUUUUUAUUUUAACCAUAUCUUUAUUUUUAUUUAUCUAUGAAGUCAUGCUAUAAGCUACUGAUGAAUGCUUCAGCAGAGGAUACAUCUACAAUUCUGAAGAGAUGUUGGCAUCAAUUGUUCCUAAGAAGUUCAAACAAGAUCACACCAGUGGAAAGCAGCAAGAUCAUACCAGUGGAUAGCGGUAAGAUCAAGACAGUCGGCUUUCUCUUUCUCGGAAUGGUUGAUGAUCCCGAAGGAAUGUGAUAGACUGUUGCAGAAAAACAAUAAAAAAGAAGUAGGAAGGAUAGUUAAUCUUGUGCUUGGAGAAGGAAAUCAGUAAACUUAUUAUGUAAAUGGAUAGAAAUACUCUUUGUAUUCCAUUAAUAAAAAUCUUUUUUUGCU